GUACGCGCACGGCCCCACCAUUACACCACAGCUGUCAGCCAGUCACCACCACCCCGUGCGCCGCUGCUGCUGCUGCGCGGCGCGGUUUAACUCCACCUCCAUUUAUUUCCUCUCUCUCUCUACUCUCUCCUCUCUCCCGCAGCGAAGAAGCGAAGCAACCAAGCAAGCAGCCGCCGCCGCCGACCGAAGCAGCGCGAGCUCCGAGCCACCCCCAAAACCCUAGCCAAUGGGGGUGGCCGAUGCGUGAGGGCGGCGGGGGGGAAGAAUGGGGAAGGCGGUGGCGGGCCAGCGGCGGGAGCAGCCGGAGGCAGCAGGCGGCGGACGAGGAGGAGGCGGAGACGGAGGAGGAGGUGGAGGGUGCCGCGGGGGGGCCGUGCGGCCGCAAUGCGUGGCCGCGCUGCUGCUGGGCGCGGCCAUGGCGCUCUCCGCGCUGUUCCUGCUCAAGCCCUUCGCCGCCCACCGCGCCCGCGCGGGGGCGCCGCCGCCGCCGGGGCCUCCCGGCGACGCGUUCGCGGCUGACAUAGUGGCGAGCUUUAUGCUACAGAAGACAGUUUCUGAGUUGAGUGGAAGUACUUCUAAGCUUGAAUUUGACAUCUACGGGGAAAUUGGCAUUCCUAACUCUACUGUGGCUGUAAAUUUCCUACAACCAAUAGGUGCACCAAACUGGACAAAUGUCAUUUUCAGCAUUGUGCCUUAUCCAAAAUACUCAAGUAUAUCUUCCAUGUACUUGAGCAUUCUUAGGGCUUCUUUUAUGUCCCUGGUUGUAGAGCAGUCAACACUCCACUUGACAGAGUCUCUGUUUGGGGACACAUCGUUAUUCGAGGUUCUUAAGUUCCCUGGUGGAAUAACCAUUAUCCCUCCACAAGCUGCUUUUCUUCUGCAGAAGCCUUACGCAUCCUUCAACUUCACUCUGAACUUCCCAAUCUAUAAAGUGCAAGGUAGAAUGAAUGAGUUGAAAGACCAAAUGAAGGCAGGACUACAGCUCGAUCCCUAUGAGAACCUCUACAUCAAACUAACAAAUUCAGAAGGUUCAACGGUGAGACCACCAACAAUUGUUCAGGCCUCCAUUGUUCUUGAAGUUGGUAAUCACCAGCCCUCCCUUCCAAGGAUGAAGCAGUUGGCUAAAACAAUUGCUAAUUCAUCUUCAGGAAACUUGGGCCUGAACCACACGGUGUUUGGCAAAGUAAAGCAGAUAAGCCUCUCAUCUUAUCUUAGACAUUCUCUGCACAGUGGAAGUGACUCUGAUGCACCUAGUCCAGCACCCUUGCCUCAACAAGGCCAUCACAAUCAUCAUCAACAUCACCAUCACCACCACCACCACCAUCACCACCACCAUAGUCAUGAAGAAAAAAGGCAUUUGUGUCCGUCUCCUGCACCUGUACAUUCUCCUGUUGAACAACCCAAAUAUAGAUCUCCACCGUCUAGUUUUUCACAUCCAUACACCAAUAAGCCAAAGAAUAGAACUCCUGUAGCACCAGCAGCUGAGCCAGUACCUAGUAAACACAAUAAUCACUUUGAUUCACCUGCCAACAUGCCUCGUGCUGUGUCACCAUCACCUAUCAGUCCAUCAACUUCUGUUCAUCACUCUCCGAAUAACCCAAAUAGGCACCAUAGCCCCUCUGAUCCAUCUCCAGUACUUGCUCAUGCACAUAGUACUGCCCAAUCGCCAGCUGUGGCCCCUGCUCCUCACUCAUUUCUAUUGCAGCAUAUGCCACGCGGCAGCAUUCGUGUCAAUGGGCUCUUGCAUUCCUGUUGUGCAUGCUAAUGGGUCUACCAUAAGGAGGGCAGACUAUCUAAACAGAAUAUAUACUCCAAAAAUAAGCAGCCUCACCGAUCACCGGCCGUCUUCAGAAGAUAACUGAAGUUGCUCAUGCGCGAAAUUGCGCAUCCAGGUCAGGUGGGUGGUGUAUAUUGUGUUAGAAACAUGUAAAUAUGGGCGGGGCAAAUGCAAAAACAAGCAUACCUGUGUGUAGUGGUCAAAGCCAAGGAGGUGGCAGGCCCCUUCUGUUGUUGCACAGGUGAAGCUCUGUCCUGCGUUUGCAGUGUAAUAGUGCUGAAAAAUGAUGGUGGAAUCCAAUAUUAGAUGCUUAUACCGUUUUACAUGGGAGCAUAUGGCAGUUUCUUUCAGUUCU